GAUGGGCACUCCAUGGAUGGGCACUCCCAGCCCCCCAGGGCAGUGCCCGGCUGUCCCCAGUGUCCCCUCCCGGAGCUGGGGCCCCAGCAGCGUCCUGCCCCCGCGCCUGCAGCCCCCAUUCCCGCAGCCCUGACGGUGUUUCUGUGUUCUCUGCUCUCCCUGCCCGCCAGGUGCCAGCCCAGCAGCAGCCCCGAGCCCUGCCCGGAGGAGCACGCCCUGAUUGCCACCUUUGCCAGCCGCCUGCGGAGCGGGGCACGUGCCCUGGACAGCCCUGGCCGCCUGGACGAGGAGCACCGGCUCAUCGCCCGCUACGCCGCGCGCUUGGCCGCCGAGGCCGGCAGUGCUCCCCGUCCUCCUGCAGAUCUGCCCUUCAGCUUCGAUGCCAACAAGCAGCAGAGGCAGCUGAUAGCAGAGCUGGAGAACAAGAACAGGGAGAUCCUGCAGGAGAUCCAGCGCCUGCGGCUGGAGCACGAGCAGGCCUCGCAGCCCACGCCCGAGAAGGCGCAGCAGAACCCCACGCUGCUGGCUGAGCUGCGCCUGCUGCGGAUUGGUGCCCAGCCCGGUGCCUCGGCCGGCUCCACGCCCACGCACGGCGCCCAGGACGCGCUGGCAGGACUCGGGGACGACGUGCACGAGGCCUUCACACAAGGUACGAGGAGGAACCUCCGCAACGACCUGCUGGUGGCCGCUGACUCCAUCACCAACACCGUGUCCUCGCUGGUGAAGGAGCUGCACUCAGCAGAGGAAGAAGACGAAGAAGAAACAGAGAAGCUGCAGAAUGGGAAGGACCGAGGCUAGGAGGGGCCGCAGGCUGGACAGCAGCUCAGGCUCGCAGGUUGCUCUUGCGAUCGAGGGACGUGUCCCGCUCGGAAGAGGCAGUUCCAGCCCAUCCAUCACCAUCGUGCAACCGUGACCGCUCUCCACCGCCUGCCGCCGCCACAGCUGCCCCGGAGCAGCACCGGGAGCUGUCCCGAGGACUCUCGGCGGGCGCUGCCCCUCCGGCCAUUGCAUGUCCCCCCGGUGUGCUUCCCGCGGCCACCAGCCCCGUCCCACCCGCCUCAGCCGCUCACGGCAGGCUUCAAACACAAAAAAAAACCACCUGG